GGCGCUCGGAGCCUGACGUGUCCCUCCCUCUGCGGCCGCUCCGCUCCGCUCCGCUCGCUGCUGCUGCUCCGCCGGCGCCGCCAUGGGCAUAAAAUUUCUUGAAGUGAUCAAGCCCUUCUGUGUUAUCUUGCCUGAAAUUCAAAAGCCGGAACGGAAGAUUCAGUUUAAGGAAAAGGUACUAUGGACAGCUAUCACACUCUUCAUCUUCUUAGUAUGCUGCCAGAUUCCCUUGUUUGGCAUUAUGUCAUCAGACUCAGCAGAUCCUUUCUACUGGAUGAGAGUGAUUUUGGCAUCAAAUAGAGGAACGUUGAUGGAGCUGGGCAUUUCACCCAUUGUCACUUCAGGACUUAUCAUGCAGCUCUUGGCAGGUGCUAAGAUUAUUGAAGUUGGUGACACCCCAAAGGACAGAGCUCUCUUCAAUGGAGCCCAGAAAUUGUUUGGAAUGAUCAUUACCAUUGGACAGUCUAUUGUGUAUGUAAUGACUGGAAUGUACGGAGACCCAUCUGAGAUGGGUGCUGGUAUCUGCUUGCUUAUCACAAUCCAGCUUUUUGUUGCUGGUUUGAUAGUUCUGCUCUUGGAUGAGCUGCUCCAAAAAGGAUAUGGYCUUGGUUCUGGCAUCUCUCUCUUCAUUGCUACCAAUAUCUGUGAGACCAUUGUGUGGAAAGCAUUCAGCCCCACCACAGUGAACACAGGGCGAGGCAUGGAAUUUGAGGGAGCCAUCAUUGCUCUGUUCCAUCUCCUGGCUACUCGCACAGACAAAGUCCGAGCUCUUCGUGAGGCCUUUUACCGUCAGAAUCUUCCCAACCUCAUGAAUCUGAUYGCCACCAUCUUUGUCUUUGCAAUUGUCAUUUAUUUCCAGGGCUUCAGAGUGGAUCUUCCUAUCAAAUCUGCUCGCUACCGGGGCCAGUACAACACCUACCCUAUCAAGUUGUUCUAYACUUCCAACAUUCCCAUUAUUCUGCAGUCUGCCCUGGUGUCAAACUURUAUGUCAUCUCCCAGAUGCUUUCUGCCCGCUUCAGUGGCAACUUGCUGGUCAGCCUGCUGGGCACCUGGUCUGACACAUCAUCUGGAGGCCCUGCUCGUGCUUAUCCUGUUGGUGGACUCUGUUAUUAUCUGUCACCUCCAGAGUCCUUUUCCUCGGUGUUGGAAGACCCUGUCCAUGCAGUUGUUUAUAUUGUAUUUAUGUUGGGCUCCUGUGCUUUCUUCUCUAARACAUGGAUUGAAGUCUCUGGCUCCUCUGCCAAAGAUGUUGCCAAGCAAUUGAAAGAACAGCAAAUGGUAAUGCGAGGCCACAGAGAAACUUCAAUGGUGCAUGAACUCAACAGGUACAUCCCUACAGCUGCUGCCUUUGGUGGGCUCUGUAUCGGCGCCCUCUCUGUGCUGGCAGACUUCCUUGGGGCAAUUGGCUCUGGAACUGGAAUUCUGCUCGCUGUCACCAUCAUUUAUCAGUACUUUGAAAUUUUUGUAAAGGAACAGAGUGAAGUUGGCAGUAUGGGAGCUCUUCUUUUCUAAACCUAGCUUCUCAUGGACCCAGGAAAAAGAGGAGGGACAUUCUCAAAGUGUAGCCAGUCAGGUGAAAAGAAGUAUCAUAAACUUGAUAGUGUCAUUCUAUAGAAACACAUAUUUUAAUAAUGUUUCCAAAGCACAUUCCCUUAUGUUCAAACUUUUCUAGCAUACUGUUUGCAUUUUAUAAAUUGAUGAGGAAGAUGUGCAAAAAAAAUUUUUU